UUGUUUACAUUAGAAGUUUGCAUACAAUUAUUGUUGGUCACUUAUUUUCACAAGACUUUCUGUAAACAUUAACUAAGAUUUUGAGAUUAACUGAGAUUUAACUGUUCUUUUACUUCCCUUCAAGCUGGUUUCAACUAAUGUUUUGAGAAUAGUCUACAGUACUUUUUAAAAAAAAUCCAAUAUUACUUAUCUAACUGCAUUUUGUACAAAAUGCUACGUGUUUCAAUCUACAAAUUAGUUACCUUUUAUGAAUAAUUUAAAAGAAACCGAAGAUAAUUAUGUGAGUUUGAAAUCUAAUCUAAUUUGUUGCGCGUAAUUCUCGCGUAAUUCUCUCGUAAUCGAGAAGUACUAGCUCUCUUCGUAUUAGCUCGCAAUAUUAGAAUAGAUCUAACAGAUCUGAUUAGAAGCCGCAUCUUUGAGGGACAAAAGCAUUCGACGAUGCCGUUCUCGACACGAAGCUACAUAGUCUUCUGCGAAAGCAGUACGUUUCUUGCACGGCGGAAUUGGCCGAUACAUGGUCUUCGUCCAUUACGAGAGACGGUAGUGCAAAUAGAUUCAACGACCAUUGUCACCGCCGGUGUCCAGCAUCAUCUCUUCAUUCUUCUCGCUCAAGAUCAUCACGUGAGCGCGAAAAUUCGAGGAACAUGGAGCCACUUAUGCGAAAUCUGCUGUAACCAGCAAGAAAUAAAGAACAUCAUGCAGCGCAUCAGUUACAUCGCCAUUAUUCCGCUCGAUGCACCUCCGAAAAAGCCGCUGUCACCGUUCGCCAAGUUUCGCCAACUCGAUAAACAAAAUAGCGCCAAUUUGUCACCAAGCCCUGUAAAAUCACCGGCAACGGAAUUUCGAUUCAAAUUUACCGAACCAACUGUACGAGAUAACGCUGCGCAAAUUAAGGAGCGAUUACUAGCAUGGUGCCGAUCAAAAACCAAAGAGUACGAGAAUGUACAGCUUGACAACUUCUCGACAAGCUGGAACAAUGGUUUAGCGUUCUGCGCGUUGAUCCAUCAUUUUAGACCGGAUGCUUUCGACUACAAUUCUCUACGUCCAGAGAAUCGCAGGAAAAACUUCGAACUCGCUUUUACGAAGGCUGACGAAGUCGCUGGAAUCGCGCCGUUACUUGACGUCGAGGACAUGGUGAUGAUGCAACGACCAGACUGGAAGUGCGUCUUCACAUAUGUUCAGUCCAUCUAUCGUCGCUUCAAGGAUGAAGACUAGCAGCUAUAGUUGAUAAAUCGCAACAGCAGCAACAUAUAAUUCCACUUCAUGCCAAGACAUAACAAUAACGCUACUCGUAGAACAAAGUCUUUUUUUACUUCACAUGUGGUUGGAAGAACA